GUAACCAAAUAGAAGGCUGCGCUCGAGAUAAUAAUAAUACUAAUAAAAAACGUUAGGAUAAAAGGAGCGCGUUUUUAUUUCACUGAUGACAAAAUGUCGGUGGUGUUUCCCUCGGUGCGCCCCAGGAGUAAAGCAGAGGUGACACAGCAAACUAUUCAGAAGAUGCUGGAUGAAAAUCAUCAUUUAAUACAAUGUAUUAUGGAUUACCAAAGCAAAGGCAAGACUGUUGAAUGCACACAGUAUCAGCAGGUCCUGCACAGAAAUCUGGUCUACUUGGCCACAAUAGCUGAUUCUAAUCAGAACAUGCAGUCCCUCCUCCCUGCUCCCCCAGGUUCCAGUAUGGGUCCUAGUGGGAUGAGCCAGAGUGGGGGACAUGCAACAAAUAACCUCAACGACAACAUGACUCCAGGACUGCAACCCACAUCUGUGAUGCAAAGCCAAAUGAGUAAUGGCCCCAGCCAUGCCCCCAUGCAGUCUGGUCACCAUCAGUCGGCUGUUCCUUCUUCCGACAGCUAUGGUGGCUCAGUCUCCGGGUACAGCCAUGCUACUCCCUCCUCUCAGGGCAGUCUGAUCCAGGGCCCGGGGCCUACUUAUGGUUCCUCCUCCUCCUCUUCCUCCACGCCCUCAUCCUCUUCCUCCUCCUCUUCCUCCCGCAGCAACCUCAACAUGCAGUCCAGUCAAGUCUCCAUGAUGCACCAACAGUCGGCCCCUCCCCACUACUCGUCAGCCCAGUCUGGAGGCCAACACUAUCAGGGACAGCAGGCAAUGGGCGUGAUGGGUCAGGGCAGCCAAGGAAACAACAUGAUGUCUCAGAGGCCCGUGGGAUCCUACCGUUCCUCUCAGCAAGGAUCUGCACAACACUACAUGGGACAAGACGAGUUCUACGGAGAGCAGUAUGGACACACUCAGAGCUCCAACGAGCCCAUAAACCAGCAGUAUUACGCUGAUGGUCAUGGAGAAUACGCAUAUCAGCAGUCUUCAUACGGUGAACAAGGCUACGACAGGUCAUUUGAACAGUCUCCUCAGCAUUACUAUGAAGGAGGUAACUCUCAGUACAGCCAGCAGCAGGCCUCGUACCAACAGAGCUCUGGUCAGCAGCAGCCCUUCAGCCAGCAGCAGUAUUCCUCUCAGCAAGGCUACAGCGGGCAGCCUCAGGGAUACGGUCCUGGCCAAGGGGGACUUUCCCAGUUUUCUCAGUAUCAGCAGGGUCAAAACCAGCAGUACGGAUCAUAUCGCUCAUCCCAAGGAGGCUCUGGAGUCCAGAGUCAGAGGUCCUAUGCCUUUGAACAGGGUCAGUAUGGAAAUUAUCCACAGUAAGGCACAAUGUUGUUUUGCUGUUUGAAGAAAACUGGAAACCAAUCAAUAUUGUGUUCAUCACAUGGAGGAGCAAAUCUCUUUACAUCUGAUCCAUUAUCCUCGUACUAAUCAGCAUUUUAACUAAUAUAUGAUAAUCUAAUAAAUAUGAUGCUUCCAUCCCUGCUGCAGGUUUGAUAGUUGAAGACAGUAAAUGCUAUUAGUCAGUCACUUAUAUGUAAAGAUAGGGUAUCUGAAGAGUCAAGAUAAUCUUCUGGAUCAGGGAUGUCAAACUCACUUUUUUACCAAGAGCAUUAUGGUGGCCCUCCAGGGCCAUGUUAACGAACUUUGAUAUUUUGUGUUAACUUCAACUAAACACAAAACAUCAUGUUCCUCAUCUCAUUGCAAUGGCUGAGCACCAACAAACAAUAACUGAGCUCUAUGUGGUAUUUCCUGCAUAGAGACAACGUUUUAUCAUGUCAUUUUAUGAACAGUAAAAUUACUAUGUGUACGACUGACUAAAUGUGAAAUAAAGGAUACAGAAAUACUCUUAAAUAUAAAAA